CAAACACCUUUAUGGGAGGAACAUUCUGUUUGUAUAUAAUCCUACAAUACAAUGAUUGAAAUUAUGAUGAAUAAAAGGAAAAACAUUUUGAAUUUUUUUGUAAAACAAUAUGAAACUUUUUGCAAUUACAAAUGGAGAAAAAAAAUCUGUAAAACUUCUUGAAUAGAAGCAAAAUGUUCCCAAGAAUACCAAAAAGUUUGCAACACUGCCAAUAUUUUCAUAAAAUAUAAAUCUUUUUUCACCCACAAAAUUUCAAAAGAGACCUUAAAAUGUGUUCAAAUAAAAACUCCUUCAAUUUAAAAUACACGUAGACAGAAUUUAAACAGUUCCAAUGUGCCGGAGAAUGCACGAUCAGUAAAGAAAAACAAAAUUUAAGAGAAAGCAUUUUUCAUCUUUAGAUCUAAUAUUUUUUCUCGUGUUUUCUCCUAACCUCUUUAACUCCCAAACAUAAUUUGAGACACACGAGAUUUUACUCCAAGGAGCCUCAUAUGUGGAAUGUUUUUCUGGUUGAUUUAUGAUUAAAUAUAUUACAGUCUACAGCGAACAGAAGGAAAUGUUAGUAAUGAGAGUGAAAUGUACAAUUAGUUUUGCUUCUGUGCCUUCCUUAAUUGCAAUAAAUUACAAUGAAGUUAGACUGCAGAUCCUCCGGGGCAUGUGAGAGCACAGCACAAUAUAGACGCUGUAGAACCGCUGGCUCAAAUUGCCAUGAUGUGAGUGAAAGGACCUAGUGAAUCAAGCUGAGUGAUCAAGGUAAGACCAUAUCACGUAUCUGCUAAAAAGGCCAGAGACAUCCUCUGGAAGGUGUUGAGUGUCAAAGUCUUUCAAGGUUCUCCUGCAGCCCUGUGAAACUAAAGCACAUUAAUCUUCAUAACAUCCAAUUAUCCAUGAAAAUUUCAUGAUGAACAAAGCUACAUUCAGGAGCAGCUCAGGAGCAUGCUAACAAGCUGGGCUUCUGCAGUCCAAGGUUCUCCUCCCCUUGAGCUGUCUCUGUGCUCAAAUGAUGCAAGACCUGCCUUACUGAUCCAUACUUCUCAUCUGUGAUCACAUACACACAGAGAUGCCACAGACAACUAUCAAUGAAGGCCGUGAAAUAUUUACCAAACUGAGUUUGCUAAGAGGUCAUAGAGAUGCUGUUUGAAAUUUCUCUAUGAUUUUGCAGAUGUUUAAAAUACAGAGCUCAUAUCAAGUAUGUUUAAACUGAUGUGACUAUCUUAUUUAUGAUCAGACUCUUAAAGUAUCACAUCACAUUCUUUUUGGGGUCUCCUGUAUAUGUAAAUCUUCAAAACUAUAGAAAAGGGGUUUUUGUCUUUGGAUCUUUUAUAACUUGCAAAAAGAAAAACAAGGCAUGGUUUACAAAGGUUAAUCCUUGUGUUGGACUGGUGUUAGAUCUUUGAAAAACCUUGUUUCGUUUUUCAGUAUCUUUUUGGUGAUGCUUAAGUCUAACCAAGCUGACACUGAGUGGGAGUCAGGUUGAACCCAUGACAAGUUGCGAGUCGUAGCAAAACAACCAGCUUAAGGCUGUUCAGAACCACAGAUUAACCCACUGAUUCUCAGUGCAGCGUCCACAUGUCCACUACAGUGCAGACAACAAGGUGAAAAAUGAAGUGAUGAGGUCAAAUAAAACUGAGAUGACUGUUGUUGAAAUUUGGAGCUAUAUAAAUAAAGUUGAAUUGAAUUGACAAAAAUUAUAGGGUGAAGCAUGAACUGUUUUUUAACUGGAAUGUGCUUAAACAUUUUUAGGGAACCACCAAACUAUUUUAACAUUCAUGUCACUGGACUGUGAGAGUACACCAGAGCAUCUGCGAAAUAUCCAAGAAAAUUCAAAUUCCAGAGAGAAAGAUGCCGGUGAUCCACCAGAGGAACAUGAGGCCAGUUUCCCUAUUGAAUUCUGCACAAGCAGAAAUCCUUUAUGCAACCACAGUUGCAUAAAAACAUAAUCUUGUCUGUUUUCCUCCUAAAUCUAAAGAUCCCUGAGACUCUGGUAAGAACAAGAUAUUGUUAGACAUCCCCAAAUCUUACAAACAUGAAAACACAAUUACAGAUAAAACAUCUGAAUAAGCAAGAAUACUUAUACUGAUUUAAAUUAUGUAUGCAAACCAUAUACGGUAAUGUGAAAAAUAAAGCUUUCAUAGGUUGAUGUGCAGUCCUGUGAAAACUGUAACUAUAACUAUAUUUAUAGUUGUAACUAAAGCCCACAGUUCAUUAGCUUGUAGAACUACCUUUAGCAGUAUUAACUCGAAGUAAUUAUUUUUGCAAAUGGUAAACAGACUGGUUCUUAUAUAAUGUUUUUUUACUCUAACAGUGCACUUAAGGCACUUUUACAACUUGCUCCAUUCAUCCAUUCAUACAAGCAUUUUUUUCUACACUUGUCCAGUGCAGACUGCAGCAGAUGGGGAUCAAACCACCAGCCUUCCAAUUCCAAUUAGCCACAGCCAGGAAGUAGAGCUGUAUGACUCUACCAGUCUCUUACAUUUUGGGAUUUUUGCAAAUUCUCUGAUUAUUAACAGUCUGUUGGGACAUCCACUGUUGGGAACACUGUGCAUUAGCAUGCACCCAAAUGCACCAGGCCAGCAACCUGCCAAAAAACCCUGCUCCUUUAUAGAGAUGGUCACACUUGCUGAUGAUCAGUUAAUCAAGCGCAUUUCAUUAACAGCACUUGGCUGCUAGUCACCAUCUCAAUUCCUAUGGAAGCAGCAACAACUUCCAGUCUGGAAACAGGGUGUAGCUAGUUUUUCACAGGACUGCACAGAGUUCUGGGAAAACCUUCUUUCAUAUGACUAUAAAUAUAAGAUUAUUGCUUAUUAACAAAGCAAUGGAAAUGACAUAGAAUGUGUAAUGAUUAUGUAUAGAGGGAAUAUCUGUUAAAUUGUGUAGGAAAGCUUAUAUAAAGCGAAUCAAUUCUGUGUGUAACAAUAAAACCUAAAAAAGUUUAAGGUUUGUUCUUAAAGAAAGUAAAGUGUCAGAAUUGCUGUGAGGCAAAGCAGGACCCAAGCGCAGGAAUCCUUCAGUACCGUGAAAAGGUCCACAAGAUCCCACUCCCAGGUGCAAGUGAUUCCUCUCACAAGGCUGCUCUCCACUUCAGCUUACUCAGUAUUUAAUUUGCUCUCCACUCUCUCUACAUGUUCCUGUACACAUGCAAUACCAUAAAUUAAUACCAUAGCCAUAUUUACACUGACAGUAGUCCUUCAACAAUCCAGCACUGACUGAAGCUCAGCCACUCCCCUAAGUAGUGGCUCUUAACAAGGUCAACACAGGUACAUGAUUGCCAUCAAGUGUCCGGAACCAAAAGUUGGGAAAUCUUCACUGAGUCCCGCUGCUGCACAAAACCCAACAUACCCAGAUACACAUGCACACACAGAAACAUACAAACUGGGAUAGAAGAGCAAUGAGGUGGCUAAUGUUGGUGGCUAAUCUAAGCUUUACAUCACUUGUACUUUCCAUGCUGUCAAGCUGAUAGUGACAUCACGGGUCUAGUCCAAUCGUCUUUCUGCCAGCCUUCUUCAGGCCAUUCAGCCUUCACUCAGCAUACUUUAAAUCUCACUGCACAUUUGUCACUCUCCCUUGCAGUUGCCUUCGUGCAAUCCACCUCUUCCCCAUCACCAUCUCUCACUUGUCACUCGGGCUCCAUUCAAGCCUCCAUUGUCAUCUCUAUCACCAGCGUCUAGACUCCGGGGAGUCUUGCCCUAAUUCCAAUCACCACUGGGAUUCUGUUCUGCUGUGAUGGGCCAUCGGAGUCUAAUUGCCAAAAAGCUCAAACUGAAUUCUGUACAUCAAUAAAUCACAUUAAAUUCCCUCUAAUUAUCUCUACUUAUUGAACUUUUUUUUGUUUUUGUAAUAUAAUGAUGUUUAUUGUUCCUGCUGUCUCUAUGCUCUCCUUUUCUUUCUUGUCUUUCCACGCACCCCACAACCAGUCACAGAAGAUGACUUCCCCUCCUUUAGCAUCUUUCUGAUUAGGCCUUUUACUGUUAAAAUUGAGUUCUUGUUCCCCACUGUUGCCAAGCGCUUGCUACUAAGGGAUUAUCCUAUCCCUGAGGUUCUGUUUGUAAUAUUGUUGGGCCUUUACUUCACAAUAUUUAGCAACUUGAGAUUCUUUCAACACUUUGUAAUUCUGGGCACAAACUGGACUUUCCCUCCUUGUGGCAUCUAUCAUAUGAAAGAGACUUUGACAAAUGACAGAUAUUUUUAAAUAGCAAGGAUUCGUAUUGGAUGCUUUACAAUUGCAGGUGAACGCCCCUUUAGAUCAUGGAAAGCCUGAUUUGAAGGAAGAAAGCCACAGGCAAAAUUGAUAUUCAAUGGAGUUUCAUUUUUAUAUGCCUAGAGCCACAAACCACUAGACUCAGGGCUUUACAGGCCCACAGUUUUGUAAAGAAAUUGGGAUGGUAAUUCUCACGGAACUGUCGCAACAUAAAAGCCCUGGAACUAUAAUCACCCUCAAAAUGUUCCAUGUUUCGCAUCAAUCCGCACUGAAAUGGUAGUUACUAAGGUUACCGUAGUUAAACCCUUCAGUCUUAUAAGCAAACCCAGUGUUGUACAGUGUUUUUAUGGAUUUAACUCUAUGAUGAGCAAAAAUAAUGCCUGCUAUAUUAGAAAAACAUGUCAUCUGAAAGUAAAGGUGAACUCUUGUUUACAUCUAACCCCAAAUACUACAAUCCCACAGAGUCAUAGUUUAAUUCAGCCUCCAACUGUAAUUGGAUAGGAGAACAGAUGCAGGGAGGGGAGCUAUUACUUUGUGAGAUCAAAUGUGAACUCUGACCCAUUGGCCAGCUGGCAACCAAUACACAGAGGGGCUGAUGUCAUGCAUGCUUUUUUAAGGUCAUCUUAUGGUUUCUAUCAGUUAAAUUAAAGAAACAGCUAAGUUAAAGAAACAAAUAUAAAUUAGAACAUAUGACCAACUCAUUCAACCCCGUUCACUUUAUCUGCCACAAAGUUACUAAACAUGUCCAUGGUACUCAUAAAUAGAACAAACAGAAUAAAACAGAUAGGCAAUAAGCAACUAAAUCUAACUCAGAAAAUGUCAGUGUGUAUGUAAGUUUAAUACAUACAUGUAUUUUCAGCAUAUUUCCCACCCGAACAUAACAGCUAUAGACUCAACAGUGGUUAAGCAUGUUACUAAGUGACCUUCAGGAGUUGCUGAUUAUCAGUCUAUCAGCAGAUCAGCAGAUAAGCAGACGAAGGUCGCGAAGACUAAACCACUGCACCACUACGUCAGUUGUGGAUCACUGUGACACUGAUCACGGUCGAAUUCAGUGUGAAACCAGCAAGAAACACAUAAUGUUGUUAAAAAUAACGGCAGUGAUUUUAGGCAGUGCUGCCGUCAUGUUGGAACUCUUUAUUUAGAUGGAUGGAGUGAUGCGAGCUCACUGCAGCUGCAGGACAGCAGAUGGCACCGCUGCAUCGUCCUGUGGUUCGUACUUGGCACCGAGACUCGUCCACGUUGUUCUCACUGUCUGACUUCGCUCCAGUUCCCCUCCCUCUACCCUCCCUCACUCUCUCUUCCUCGGUUUACAGUAUACACCUAUCUAUCUCCCACAAGCAUCAGCAGUCUCUUCAUCAGUCUCCGCGUUACGGGCGCUAGUACGGCGUAAAGCAUGGCACCUCUGCGUCCCGAAGAACCGGGCUCAUCCGCUGCGUACCUCUGCGUCUUUCUGUUGACCGUCUCGGCCUGGAUGGCACUACCGGGACCCGUGCGCUGUGGCAGCGUGGCUUUAAACCGGCGAGGCUGGGAGGAUCGCACGUUUGACUUGAACGGCGGAGAAAGAGGCUUCCUGCCGGGGCAGAAAGCAGUCGGGGCGGGGAGCACACCCCGCUUCAGAAGAGCCCUGUCCUGGGAUAAACAAAUGUCCCUGCUCAGCAGCUCGUUUGUGCUCAAAGGGGAUGCGACCCACAACCAGGCGAUGGUCCACUGGACAGGAGAGAACAGCAGCGUCAUCCUUAUCCUAACCAAGUACUACCACGCUGACUCCACCAAGGUCCUGGAAAGCUCACUGUGGAGGUCUACUGACUAUGGCACCACCUACACCAAACUCAACCUGAUGCCAGGAACAACCAUUGUGGUGACAAGUUUCUAUAUUUGCCCAACUAACAAGAAAAAGGUAAUUCUGGUGGGUUCCUCUAUAAAUGAACGAGAUCAAAUGCUGUUUAUCAGCACAGAUGAAGGUUCCUCCUUCCAGCGGCAGUCCAUCGACUUCACACCCGACACGCUCAUCUUCCACCCCAAGGAAGAAGACAAGCUGCUGGCCUAUUGCAAGGAGGGCAGGCUCUUUGCUUCAGGAGAUCUGGGCCGUAAGUGGACAUUACUGCAGGAGAGGGUGACAAAGGACAGAGUUUUCUGGUCUGUAUCUGGUGUGGAUGUGGAUCCUGAUCUGGUGCACAUGGAGAUGCAAGAUACAAGUGGAGGCUACCUGUAUGUUACCUGCCUCAUUCAGAACUGCUCGGACAAAAUGGUGACGGCACAGUUCCUCGGAAAAAUUGAUCACAACUCGCUGCUGGUGCAGGAUGACUACGUAUUUGUCAAGGUCACCACAGGCAAUCGGACCAAGCACUAUGUGUCCUAUCGACGGAAUGAAUUUGUCCAGAUGAGGUUUCCCAAGUAUGCCUUGCCAAAGGAUGUUCAGAUAGUGAGCACAGAUGAGAACCAGGUCUUCCUCGCCCUCCAGGAGUGGUACCAGUCAGACACAUACAACCUGUACCAGUCAGAUCCCGAAGGCGUCUACUACUCCAUCGUCCUGGAAAAUGUUCGCAGCACAAAGCAGCCAGAGGAGAAUGUUCUCAUUGACAUUCUGGAGGUACGCGGAAUCAAAGGAGUCUUUUUGGCAAACCAGAAAAUUGAUGGAAGAGUGACAACUGUAAUAACUUACAACAAAGGACGUGACUGGGAACCCUUGGCCCCACCUAACACUGACAUGAAUGGCAAACCCGUCAGUUGCAAAGCGCCGGACUGUCACCUCCACCUCCACUUGCGCUGGGCAGACAACCCCUAUGUGUCUGGGACUGUCCAUACCAAAGACACUGCUCCGGGUCUUAUUAUGGGUGCUGGUAACCUGGGCUCCAAGCUAGUAGAGUAUAAGGAAGAAAUGUAUAUCACUUCAGACUGCGGAAAGACGUGGAGACAGGUGUUCGAGGAGGAGCAUCAUAUCCUGUAUCUGGACCACGGUGGUGUCAUCGUUGCCAUCAAAGAUACCUCGAUUCCCCUGAAGAUACUCAAGUUCAGUAUUGAUGAAGGACGGACAUGGAACAUUCACAACUUUACAAGCACCUCUGUGUUCGUCGAUGGACUUCUGAGUGAGCCAGGAGAUGAGACCCUGGUCAUGACUGUGUUUGGCCACAUCAGCUAUAGGUCAGACUGGGAGCUGGUGAAAGUGGACUUUAGGCAGUCUUUUCCCCGUCAGUGCACUGAGUCUGAUUAUGACUCCUGGCAGUUCACAGAUCAGAAGGAGGAAAAGUGCAUUAUGGGCCAGGAGCGGACGUUCAGGAAGAGGAAGGACACUGCAUUCUGCAUAAAAGGAAAAAGCUACACAUCAGCUCUCACCAACAAACCCUGUCAGUGUACUGAGAAAGACUACAGCUGUGAUUAUGGAUUCGAGCGAUCACACAUGGAAACUGACCGCUGCUUCGCUGACUUCUGGUAUGAUCCAGAUUCACCACCCGAAGACUGCCACCUAGGACAGACCUACAUGUCCAGCACUGGCUACAGGAAGAUGAUAUCUAACUCUUGUGAAGGGGAGCCAAACAAGCAGCAGAGCUCUAAAAAGCACAGCUGCCCCCUGCUCGCCCCUAAAGGAUUACGAGUUGGCAUAAAAGGGCAGAUGCUGGCUGUGGCACCUGGGGAUGACAUCACAUUCACUGUCCACCAGGAUCAGGGUGACACCAGCAGCACCAAGUAUCAGGUGGAUCUUGGUGAUGGGGUACGGGCAAUUUACCAGAACCUGACCGUGACUGAUGAACCCAUCCAGCACCGUUAUGAAAAUCCAGGCAUUUACAAGGUCAAAGUGAAGGCUGAGAAUAUCGCUGGACACGAUGAGGCUACCAUGUACAUCCAGGUCACAGCCCCUCUACAGGAAGUACACCUAGAAGUGGUUCCCAUUGCUGGGAGAAACCAUGAGGUCAAUCUCACUGCUACUGUCCUUCCCAGUGAAGCCAACCUGACUGUCUUUUACUGGUGGAUAGGAGACAGCAUGCAGCCCAUCCUGACUCUGCAGAACAGCCUUCUGACUCGUUUCCCAAAGACGGGCGAAGUCUCAGUCACGGUACAGGCUACAAACAGCCGAUCCAUGGUGCAGGACUCAAGAACUGUCCGAGUUUACGAUAACUUCCAAGUCAUCCCUCUGAGCUUCAGCAGAAACCUAGACAGAUUCAAUCCAAAUAUCCCAGAGUGGAGAGAUGACAUUGGCCAGGUGGUCACCAAAAUACUGGCAAAGAUUACAGGUGUACCUGAGAAUUCCCUGGUUACUGUGGUCAAACCAGGUCUCCCCACCACUGCCGACCUGUAUGUUCUCCCACUGGACACCAAACCAGCCAAGAGAAGCUUGUUUGUAGAUAAGCGUAUUCCAGCCAUCAUUCAGGUCUUCAACGACAACAACGUCAGCUUUGUGAUACGAGGAGGCCUACAGGUGCUCGUGAUGCUAGCUGACCCAAAUGCAGAACUAGGUUAUAUUGCUAAAGACUCAACAGCUACAGAGGCAGAGAAUGGCUACCAUGGUGCAGCUGGAAGUGCCGGUGUUUGGACUCUAGCUGUCAUUUUCCUUAUUGGUCUUAUUGCUACUGGCGCCUUUAUCCUCUAUAAGUUCAAAAGUCCUUGGCUUAGGGCUGAGGAUGCAUAUCCCCCAUUGUUUUUCAGGAAGCUUCCAUGCACCCACAACUACGCCCAGAUGCACAGUGUAAAGGAGCAGGAGAUGAUCAGCCCUGUCAAUCACAGUGAGGACACCCAGCAAAUCAUCCAGGGUGAGGAGUACAUCGAUGACGACCUGGACUCACAGACUCUAGGCACUCAUUCCGGUGUGGUCCUAAACAUGAAUUGCAGAGAGCUACACAGUUAGCAGACCAGCUGAUGGCCACCAUGGCAAUGCUGAAGAGCUAGUCGAGGCGAGCCGAGCUGGCUAAUGAGCACAGGGACUCCACUCUGCCUUUUUCCUCCUCUCGUCUUUAGAUUUUCCCUCUCCUUCUCCUCUGUCAGGUCACUUCACUCUUCCAUGGACUGUUCCACUCUCCUGCUUUAGCUUCUGUGUAUUGUUUUAAUUAUUUUGGGGAAGUGGCUGACCAUGGUGUUGGGACUCUAUUACAGUAAUCACCCCUUCACUUUUUGUGCCAGCCCUGGACACCCUGGACACAAGGGCCAGCGGCUCAGUUUGAAGGCUCAUCUGUGUGUACACUGUCUGUCUCUUAACACAGCUACAAUCGGCAAGUAUGUCUCACAAGACUGGUUUCCACUGAUACUGACAGUCAGAGAGAUAGUUGAAACCAUCCUCUUUUCCAGAGACUGGUGUGUUAAAAUGAUUUCUGAGCACUAAACGUAGUUUGCAUUGUUCCCCUCCAUUGUUGUUGGGUUUUUCCCCCCACAGUUAUCACUCUGCUCCUCUCUUCAAUGGCAAUAAUAAUCUCAAUGGAAUGUAGGAUGUGAUAUAAACCCUUGUGAAUUUGCAUAUGAUGGGCAUACACAUGCAAACACAAGAGGGCAGUAUUGCACUUUUUGAAAUCUCCACUGACAGGUACUCUUACAGCUCAGCUUCUUUGGAAUAUACUGUAUGUACACACAGCUUUGUUUAUUUAACAAAAAGGAAAAGAAAAAAACAUUCAUUUCCAUGUGUUUCUGUUUAAAAGUAACAAAAUUUACAGAUGUGUGGUCUGUGAUGUUUCUGAUCAGUUUCACCUUUGUCUGUCCCAUGGUGCCUGAAACAGCAGACGCAGAUCUGCUCAGUGACAUUUCCUGUUAUUUAGUUAUUUCUGGAAACAGUACAGCCCUUUCUCCUCGUCCUCAUCCCCGUCCUAACACUUUCUCGGUCAGAGCAGACCCCCUGGAGACAAAGGUUGCCGUCAUUGGAGGGAAGCUGUAGUUGAUAUAUUUUAUUGUAUCAGCCUAUAUUAGGCAUAGCCCGUGGUGGAAUCAUGUCUCCUUAAAAGUUUGGUUCAUUGUAAAUGUGUAAAUAUGAACGGUGAUUUACUCUUUGUAAAUAUCCCCUUUGUGUGUGAGUGUUUUACACUAAUACCAAAAUACAUCACUUUUUUUACCCCUCUUUUUCUGGAGUUUCCUGCCACAGAAUUUCCCAGGUUUGAACAACAUCUCACUGUUUCCACUUUCCUCAGCAUCAUUGCCUGCUUUACAUUUUUGGGUAUUUUCAUUAUAAUGUCAUGAGUAGGGAUGUUUCCCAGUCUUCAUUGUUAACUGGAAAUAAUUUUCUUGUCUUAUAAAGAUGCUCACAGUUACACAGUGACAGCAAUGUAGAUGGAUAUUUUUGAUAUACUGUCAGUUUUUCUUUUCCAGCACAUGUAAAACACAAAUGAGUGUUUCUGUUACCUUUUGUAGAAGUCUUUUACGUUUGUUUGAUUGAACUAAUGUGAGCAGUUGCUGUCACAACGCACCAGACAGCAGCUGAACAAGUCUACAGAUGUGUCAAGAGGUCUUUGAACGGCUUUUACAGUGCUACCAUUGUCACCACCCUUUGGUCCAUCUUGUAUUUGAUGCAGCAGAUCGUGUUAACGCCUCCUGGUUUGAUUCAUCUUUUGUACAUAUUCUGCUCAUAUUUUUGUUCUUAGUUUUCUAGUGAUGUGUCAUCUUUGUAUCAAUGUCCCCUUAAACACAGGGGAAAAUGGGGGUUAUGAUGUUCCAGUGUAGUAGUCAAGGAGUUUCACAUAUGGUGGCACAGUGUAACACAGCAGUGUAAUUAUGACCACGAUGCUAUCCUUUCAUUUUUCUCUGGUCUGUUCGAUCUUUUGGUUUUGCAAUUAAAAACAACUGUGUUCUUUUCAGGAAGCAUAGUGCACUCAACCUGCAUCAUGGAAUAAAUCACUCCCAUAACG